AAAUAGAAGCAAAGGAGCAGGGGCAAUUCCGUCUCCGGCGAAAACCCCAAUUGCGACGCUCUGCUUCCUAGACCGCUGCCCUCUCGCGGAUCUCCCUUGCCCUCUCGCUUUCUCGCUGCUUUUUCGUUUUCGUCGCCGGCGUCAAAGGGGGGCGAUCUAUCCCGUGACCUUCUGCAUCCGUCUGUCAGCUAGGGCGCGAGAUCGAUGGGGACACUAGGGAGGGCGAUCUACACUGUCGGAUUCUGGAUCCGGGAGACCGGCCAGGCCAUCGAUCGUCUCGGCUCCCGACUCCAGGGAAACUACCUCUUCCAGGAGCAGAUAUCAAGGCAUCGUACACUUAUGAACGUGUUUGACAAAGUACCUAAUGUUCACAAAGAUGCUUUUGUUGCUCCUAGUGCAUCUGUUAUUGGUGAUGUCCAAGUAGGCCAAGGAUCAUCAAUUUGGUAUGGAUGUGUUUUGCGAGGUGAUGUAAACAGCAUCCAUGUAGGAUCUGGCACUAAUAUACAAGAUAAUUCUCUGGUGCAUGUGGCAAAAUCUAAUUUGAGUGGGAAGGUCCUGCCAACUAUUAUUGGAGAUAAUGUCACAGUAGGUCAUAGUGCUGUCUUGCAUGGAUGCACUAUUGAGGAUGAAUCAUUUGUCGGAAUGGGUGCCGUACUGCUUGAUGGGGUACUUGUGGAAAAGCAUGGGAUGGUUGCUGCAGGAUCCCUCGUAAGGCAGAAUACAAAGAUCCCAGCUGGAGAGGUAUGGGGAGGCAAUCCUGCCAAGUUGCUGAGAAAGCUCACCGAUGAAGAGAUAGCUUUUAUCGCUCAGUCUGCUACCAACUACGCUAACUUGGCCCUAGUGCAUGCGGCUGAGAACGCCAAGUCGUUCGAUGAGAUCGAGUUUGAGAAAGUUUUGCGCAAGAGGUUCGCGCAUAAGGACGAGGAGUAUGACUCGAUGCUCGGAAUCGUCCGUGAAACACCCUCAGAGCUAAUUCUUCCUGACAACAUCUUGCCCGACAAGUCACGCACCACCCCCUCUCAGUAACUCAGGCUGAGCUAGUUGAGCUGGUUUCAUUGUCGACCAGUGUUUCAAGCUUUUUUUUGCAAUAAUUUGAAGUCUAGGCUCAUUCUAGGACUGGCCUCUCGUCAUUUUCACUGCUUUUACGAGGAUAUUAAAUUACUUUCAGUGAUCUCGCAUGAACCGUGCUUUCAGAGAUUCUUGUAAAGCACUCGAAUGAGUGCAGAAACCUGCAUGGAUGUGGCUGUUGGAGUAAUAAGCUAUAUUGUUUCCCAGAUA